AUUAGCGUUUGCACCAAUAUCUGAUUUCGGGAUUUUAGAGAUUGUGAUGAUUGUUUGCAAGUUUUCACAUCACCAGACGAAAUCACGUAUCUAGAUAUACAGACAAUUUAAUUCAUUUUGGUUGGUAUCUUAUGCUGUUCAUUUUCAACAUUAUAAAGGUCAACUAGUAGUGAGUGCAAAUAUUAGACAGUCAUUGCUCCCUAGACAUGGCCAUACUUAUCUUCCAAGGUGAUUUAUGUUUGAGCUGACACCAAUGGAGUGGAAUGUGUAGCAUAUGCUUAGGAGAGGAUGAUAUCAUCUCAUCUACAAUUUCUCCUGUACAUGCCUUAUCUAAUGACUGAAUGAAUAACUCAUUGUAUGGUCUUAUGCAGAUAUUCAUGGAGCCUUUAUAAGCUAUACAGGCAUUACAUCUUAUCAUCAUCUCAACAAGGCAAUGGCAGUUCAGAGGGUAAAAUAAUGCCAAUGCUAGACACACUGAGACAUUAACAAUAUCACCAUAGAUAUUCUGUAUUUUAUUUUUAUUGAACCUUUAUUUAACUAGGCAAGCCAGUUAAGAACAAAUUGUUAUUUACAAUGACGGCCUACCCCGGCUAAACCCUCCCUAACCCAGACAACACUGGGCCAAUUGUGCGCCGUCCUAUGGGACUCCCGAUCACGGCCUGUGGUGAUACAGCCCGGGAUCGAACCAGUAGCAGUGUACAGCAUACCCCAGGAUAAUUCCAGAACCUAGAAUUUUUGAAAGAAAACGAUCAAAACAUGCCAUUUGGAACACAACAUUGAUUCAACUGGAUUUAUUCAUUCUUCUUCUAUCACAUUUUGGAGGGCUAAAGUCAUCUGUUUGGAAGAAUGUGUCUGAGGUCAGUGUUAUCCCAGAAUGGAGGAGCCUGUGUCACUGAGCCCUGAGCUCACCAACAUUAUUAAACCUAAUCCCAGAUCCACUCAAACAGAUUGAACCCUGUACAGGGACUCACCCCCUAGAGCUCAGGUACUGAGCUGGCAGGUGAAACUGGAAACAUCUGUCUUUCUUUUUAUAUACGAAUUCCAACCUGGACACUUUUCCUCCUUGACACCAUGGGCCGAGAUGGACUCUCGAUGGCGGUGACCCUCUUUUUCUCUGGCAUUCUCCUGGUGGCCGUCCUGGCACUGCUCUGCUAUUUCACCUGCAGGCUGGCUAGUGUGAUGCCGAUUGGUGGGCCCAACCACUUCUGAGCUUCACUCAGAGGAUAGACCUGCGUCUGUGGCACGACUCACUCUAGUUUGGGAUGUGGUAUGUGACGGUAGUCCCAGGUAACACUACGACCAUGACAUUUUUUCUCAUCAUCUGCUCAUGUCUGGCCUGGGGAGGCCUGGGGAAGCCUCAGUUUCCUGACCAAGAGAAAGAUCCCCUGUUCUGGAACACAUGGGCCCAGCAUACUUUGAAGAAUGCCCUCACACUUCAGAAGCUCAACCAAAACACUGCAAAGAACCUCAUCCUCUUCCUUGGUGAUGGAAUGGGCAUUCCCACAGUGACUGCAGCACGAAUACUGAAGGGGCAGCUGAGCGGACAGAGUGGAGAGGAGACCCAGCUGGAGAUGGACAAGUUCCCCUUUGUGGCGCUUUCCAAGACGUAUAACACCAAUGCCCAGGUAGCAGAUAGUGCAGGCACGGCCACAGCAUACCUCUGUGGGGUGAAGGCCAACGAGGGCACUGUGGGCGUGAGUGCAUCUGCUGUCCGUUCCCAGUGCAACACCACACAGGGUAAUGAGGUCACCUCCAUCCUAAAAUGGGCCAAGGAAGCAGGCAAGUCGGUGGGAAUAGUCACAACAACGCGUGUGAACCAUGCCACCCCCAGCGCAGCCUACGCUCACUGUGUGGACAGGGACUGGUUCUCUGAUGGCGAGAUGCCCGCUGAGGCAGUACAGGCGGGCUGCAAGGACAUCGCCAGGCAGCUCUUUGAGAACAUUCCCAACAUCGAUGUGAUUAUGGGUGGAGGGAGGAAGUACAUGUUCCCCAAAAACCAGUCAGAUGUGGAGUAUCCUGGAGAUAAGAAACAUUUUGGUACCCGCAAAGAUGGAAGGAACUUGGUGGAGGAGUGGACUAACAGAAUGAAAAACAAGAAAGCCCAGUAUGUAUGGAACAAGAGGGAACUUCUAUCAGUAAAUCCUAAUAAUGUGGAUUACAUUUUGGGUCUGUUUGAGCCGGGAGAUCUGCCCUACAACCUGGAGAGAAACACUGAGACAGAUCCUUCCCUGACAGAGAUGGUGGAGGUGGCCAUCAAGAUCCUGAGGAAAAACCCCAGGGGAUUCUACCUGCUGGUGGAGGGGGGGCGCAUCGACCACGGACAUCAUGAGGGCAAAGCCAAGCAGGCCCUACAUGAGGCAGUGGAGAUGGACCGGGCCAUCGGCCGUGCCGGCCUCAUAACCAGCAUCUAUGACACAAUGACUGUCGUCACUGCUGACCACUCUCACAUGUUCAACUUCGGCGGCUACACACCAAGAGGGAACACAAUUUUUGGACUGGCUCCCAUGUUGAGUGAUGUGGACCAGAAACCCUUUACCGCUAUCUUAUAUGGGAACGGACCAGGGUUCAAAGUUAUCAACGGUCUGAGAGAGAACGUCUCCACCCUUGACUAUCAGGGAACUAACUACCAGGCCCAGUCUGCAGUGCCGCUGCGUAUGGAGACUCAUGGAGGAGAGGAUGUGGCUGUGUUUGCUAAGGGCCCCAUGGCUCAUCUGCUGCACGGUGUCCACGAGCAGAACUACAUUCCCCAUGUCAUGGCCUAUGCUGCCUGCAUCGGCCAGAACAGAGACCACUGCAUGUCAUCCGGUGGAGCCUCUAGUCUCAGCCCUGCUCUGCCCAGCCUGGCAGCUCUCCUCACGCUCACCCGCCUCCUCUGCUGACCUUUCACCCCAACCCCCUCCUGCACCCCACAACCCCCUCCUCUCCUUAUACAUGUAAUACUCCCACACCCUUUUUCCUGUUGUAAUGUGGAUCUUUUUGUGUGUGGAUUUUCUAUUGUUGAUUUAAAAAGAAUAAUGUCCAGUUGAAUGACUUUGGGACCACUGUAAGGGCAUUUAAAGAUGAGUGUUUUGAGCGUUGGUGACGUUCAACCAGAUUCAGUUUUUGAGUAAAUAGGAGGAUAUCACUUUCACUCUACUGUAACAUAUAGGAUAGGUUGUGUUACUCAACUUUGGCAUUGUUCAUCAUUCUGGUAACACCAAAACUAUUUCAAGAGUUCUGUCAUAUCAGUGGGUUUAACAGAAGGGUAUCACUCUUCUGAUAUCAAUUAUUGUAUGGAAAAAAUGACCUCCCAGUAUUAAUGAUAAAGCAAUGUGGCUGCCCACCUAUUUGUUUUCUGUCAAUUGUAUGACUUUGGAUUAAUCAACUUUUUAAAGAAACCAUUACUUUUUAGAAACCUACUGUAAAGGGAUCGAUUUUUAUAUGAAUAUUUUAUUUCAUCCGCUCCCUCGACCUAAACAAGACAAACAGUAAACAGAAUCUACCUCAUCAUUUUUUUUUGUGGGGGGGAGAAGUGAAAACAUUGCAAUGAGGAAAGUAGAGGCUAUAUUUGAAUGUAUAGUUUAAACUUUUUUUAUUAUUGAAAUGGUAUGUAAUUCCAUGUUCUUUGUACAUACUUCCCGAAGGCAUUGAAUGAAAAGAGUCAGAAACACACCCACCAAUAUUUCCAAAAACAGAAGUUGUGGCAAGAUCCCUUAGCCAAUAAAGGAAGUCCUGUUGGUUUUUCAUAA